GUUGCAAAAUAAAAGCACUGCGGGCUAAAACAAAUACAUAUAUUAAAACUCCUGUUCGAAAUGAAGAGCCCGUAUUUGUAGUAACUGGUCGUAAGGAGGAUGUUGCUAAAGCUAAACGCGAAAUUUUGUCAGCUGCUGAACAUUUUACAUUAAUACGUGCAACACGGCGUACAAAUGAUGGCAUUAAUGGAUGUUCGACGAGUUUAACAGGUGGCGGAAAUACCAUUAGCAGUGGGCAUAUGCUAUCAUUAAAUAAGAACUCAUUGUCGUCCACUACGCCAUUACCGGGUCAAAUAACAAUUCAAGUACGAGUACCAUAUAGAGUUGUGGGCUUGGUUGUAGGACCGAAAGGUAAUACUAUUAAGCAUAUUCAGCACGAGACUCAAACUUAUAUUGUCACGCCAUCUCGAGACAAAGAGCCAAUAUUUGAAGUAACCGGCAUGCCGGACAAUGUUCAAAUGGCUAGAAAACAAAUUGAGGCACAUAUUGCUACGCGUACUGGCAAUUCUUUGGCUGUACCGGCAGCACCUCCUCCUCCACCACCACCUCCUGCACCAGCUGGUGGAAUUAAUUGCAUUAAUGAAAAUUUACCUUCUAAUCAAAAUUCAACUUUUCACUCUUUGAAUUCUUUAAACCAAAUGCUGAACGAUGAUUUGCAAUCAGAAAUUCUAUCCUCAAUUUAUAAAAAUGGAAUAGGUUCAGCAUUGGAAUAUAGUCAAAUCGGUGGUAACAUUUUGAACUCGACCAAUAAAUUAAAUGCUUCAACUCCAUUUAACGGAUUCGUCAACAAUGAGAUUAAUCCAAGCAUUAUUUCCGUAAGCGAUAUACAGCGACGUGUAACGAUGAAUUCAGGCAACAGCAAUAAUAGUAAUAUGCCAUUGAACUGCAAUGAUUUCAUUAAUAAUAUAAUGGAAACAAAUGCCACACAAUUUGUUAAUGAGCAAAAUACAAAUUUUACACAAAUAACAAAUAAUAAUUCAAGUGCUAUAAGAAAUUUGAAAUCGGUAAUAAAUACCGUUAGUCUCUUAGAAAAUUCAAACAACAGUACCGGCGGAAUCUUACAUCAACAAAAUAACUUGGCUACAAACGCAUUACUUACCCGUUCCUGCUCUUCAGCAUCUUCAACAGCAUCGUCUACAAAGAGCUUCAAUAAUAAUGGCAACAACAACAAUGUCCAAUUUUGGAAAUCUUUAAAUGGUGGUUCAACAUUAGCAGCAGCAACUAAUGGAACAUCUGGCAGUACUGGUAAUAAUGAUAACAUCGAUAUCGAUGAAGGCAUCGGUGAGUCACCUUUAUAUAGUUGGGGCUUACCCAACACUUUAGCGGCGCUAACCAAUUCAUAUUGUUCUCCAACAUCAACGUCUAUAAGUCCUACAGACUCACUUUUUGGUGAACAUGUUAACAAAACAGCAAUACUUCAGCAACAGCAGCAGCUUAAAAUAUCUUCGAAAACUAAAUUAUUAGAAAAGCUCAAACGUAAAAAUUGUUGGAUGUGCCAUGAAAAAGAUAUUGUUGCUGCUUUGAUACCUUGCGGUCAUACAAUAUUUUGUUCCCUGUGUGCAAAUCGUUUAUGUCAACAAAAUGACGCAAGCUGUCCAGUAUGUUCCACACAAAUAUACCAAGCUAUAAGAGUUCACUAAGUAUAACUACACUAUAAGGUAUUUCCAAAUAUUUAUAAAGAAAUUUAUUUUUUUAUUAGAUACGAAACCAAAACAUUUAAACACAAUACUCGUAAUGUAAAAAGCAGUGAUCUUCAUAACAAUUUUCAAUUUUAUUUAUUUUGUUAUCCACAAGACAUUUACUUGAGAAGAGUGCAUACAUAUUACUCAUGUUAACUCAAACUUAGUGGAUGUCCCUUAAAAUGUUCAUACUUUGUAAAAUGUAUGCAUACAUUGUUAUUUUUUUAUUUAGAAAUUUUACAACAUUGAGUGAUAAGUCGAAAUUUUAAUGUAUAUCAAAAUUUUUUUAUAUUUUAAUGUUGUUAUUUUUUUAAUAAUUAUACAUUUAUUUAUUCUGUGAAUUAGUUUUCUGCACAUCUAAUAGCGGAUAUAUUAUUGUUUUGAUAUACAUAUUUUAACUAUAUUAAUUAGUUCUUCAUUUUACUUAUUGCACUGUGCAACAAGAAAAUCUUUCCUGAAUAAGACCAAGGGGAAAUGAAAGUAGACCAUCAGUAGACCAAAAUCGCCAAAGGGUUUAAAAAAGUUAGCUCGCGUUUUUUAUUUAUAGGCCUUUAAGGUUUUCAAUUUUGUGAAAAAUUUUCCCAUAUACAUACAUAUUUGAUUUGAUUCAUCAAAAAGGAAAAUUACAAAUUUUAAAAUUUUUACGGAAGUAAGAUCCAUUUUUUUACUAAAAUUAGAUUUUCUAGAGAUCCUCUCGUGGUCUCAUUCUGAUUUUUUUAUAUGUUGUUGCUGAUGCUAUAAACCAAUUUUAGUAAAGGAAUAAUGAAAAUGGGAGAUACCGUUUUUAAGAUGUCCUUGAUUCAAGAAUAAUUUUUGAUAUCAUUAUCCUUAUUUUAAGACCAUAAUAUUUUAAAUAAAAUAUUAUCGGACUACAACACAUAGGCAAUAAUCAUAGUAUAAAAUGAUCAAAAUCGGAUAAAUAUGUAAUAUAUGAACAUAUAAAUAUGAACAUAUAAACGGUUUAAAAUUCACGUUUUUGCUUUCUUUAAAGUUUUUACCAGUAAAGGGUUCAUUUACUUUUUAAUAAUUUUGAGAGUAAUUUCGUAAAUUUAAAUUUUACUAUCUCAUUGCAAGUAUUUACUGGGAAAUUUUAUCUUAGUUUGAACAUAGCUUAAUUCUGAAUUAUGUAGUUCAAACUUGUUUUACAUUUUUCUGAAUGUGACCCGUUGCCACAUACAUACUAACUUCAUUGCGAACGAAAGCUAAACUAAUUUUUGGUCCAUUAGAGGAGAAAGUUAAAGUAAUUGAAAUAAUAAACAGGAAAUUGAAUAUAUUAAAAGAAUACUACAUAGUGUUGGACAAAACGUAUGCACGAAAUUUUACUUGUUUAAAAAAAAUGUAGUAAAAUAAAAAUAAAAAGAUUAUUUCCUAAUUCAAAUUUCUAAGAAGAAUAAAGUAAAAACAAUGAAAAUAAUGUUCACUAACUUUUACAUCUUAGAAAAACUCAGUAAAAUUUUAAAAAUUGUUAAA